AUGGAUCUUUCCCAUCUCACACGGCCUGGUAUUUUGUGUCAGUGUGCUCGGUGUUCCAGCUCACUAGCUGCACUGGAGAACGAAUGGGCCAAACUCUCCAACGCCUACUCAAUCCCAACAGCAUGGCUCAGUGUCGACCUCCAUCGCAUCGCUGUUUCUUCGGAGCGGAAGCAAAUCCCUCAGACAUCGGAUAUGACCCUGCUGCGUGGACGUGUUAUCCAAGAAGUGUCAUGUAAACUCUGUCAGCAACGGAUGGGGGUACUUUGUCCACUUGACAACGGGAUGAAUAUUCUGUGGAAAAUGUCGAAAGUUGCUUUUAGAGAAAUUGUUACCAUGCGAACAGUACAACCCGUCUUCAAACAGGGCGCCCUCGAACGACUAAUUUGUCCUCCGAAAGAACCUCCGCGCCGAACCCCCGACCUCGUUCAGGGCAGUGCACUAGUGCCAGCUGGCUGCACCGACCCCACUACCCUCGACCCCUCCAUGCAAAAGCAAAUGCUCCACCAGGGUAGAAGCAUUGAUCAGAUUUCGAACUCGGUGAACCACCUACAAGACACAAUGUCCGACCUCAAACAUUCAUUUACAGCACUUCGAAUCGAAUUGAAUGGACCCGGCCGAAAUCUUGGGGAAGGUUCCAUACUUCAGGGACAAGACUUUGAUAUGAUUGCUAUGGUGCUGAAGGAGCUCAAGUCCAAGUCUGACGAGAUCGAGAAACUGAAGUUGGAGAUUGAGGCCCUGAAACUGAAGAAUCGCUACAUGGGAGUGACCCAGUCACACCAACAAGAGUCAUUGUCGAUCAUGAAUAUGAACGCUGCUCUUCCCGAAGUUCGGAGUCCCGGUUUGCUUCAAGCGGGCCGGAAACGUAACUGGCCUGACGCUUUUUCGAGUGAUCGGAGUCAGGCAAUCGCGGACUCGUUCGACGAAGACGAUAUGGUGGAUGAAAUGUCACUAUCAGAUCCACCGAUGUACAGCUCUCGCGUUCCUCUCAAUGACCAACGCCAGCCUGCAAUUACCAAUGGGCCACUUGCAGAAGAAGAACUGAGGUCCUUAGAGGUGCAGAUGCCUGCUCGACAGCCUCAAAAUACCUCAAGCCCCCUUCAAACCCAACCCCAUACCUUGCAGCAAACCAUAGCCAAACGCCCCCGGAUAGGUGCGCCGCCCGAAGAUAACCCCCAAGCAGCUCCUCCGCAACCGCAAGCUGUUCCUCAAAGAAGACCACCCGGCAGACCGAGGAAAUCGAUCAGCCAUCCCACCAUCCCCGAUUCUACCGAAUCACCCAGUACCGCUCCCUCUAGCACGCAGGGGGAUUUCGAAUCAAACGGUCAACAAAACACAGUGCGACGUCGCACGUCUCGUCGCAGCUUGCGCGCACAAUCCCUUGGUCCAAAUAUCAACCACGAGCUUAGUCAAGAGGACCAGCAGAACUCACAAGAAUUGGCCAAGGCUCCUCCUGAGACUCACCCAGCCCCCAACAAAAAGAGCAAGCGUAACACUGGCUCUCCUAAUGGGAAACGAACCGGUGGUCCAGAGGACGACGGAGAUGAGGCUGCUAUGAAUGAGAAGCGGAAAGCUAAGGUCGCGGCGCGAGACGUUAUGGCCAAGAUGGCUUUACAGCAUGAGGAGACUUUAGAGGCCGAGAAUGCACGAUAA